CACCGAUGUCGGCCGCAGCCGCAGCGCCAGCUGGUUCGAAGAAGCGAAAAACCACCGUCGGCGAAGCGGCCGAUGAUGAGUCAGUCGUCCCCUCCCGGCUGCAUGGCGUGACCAGCGGUCGUGAGGAGGUCGAUGCGGUGGUGGAGCAGGCGGCAGGAUGCAUGGAUGGCCUUCGUGGCGUGUUCAAGACGGCAGUAGCUGCGGCAGAGGGCGAAAUCGAGCAGCUAGCGGCGGAGAUCAACCAGCUCUUCAUCGCAAAUGGCGGCACGGUGGAGCCGCACAAGACCAGCGGCAAGCUCAAGCUCAACGUGGGCGGCACGGUCUUCUUCAUCUCAGUCCAGCGACUGCUUCAGCCCAAGAUGAAGCUGACGUACCUCUCCACCUUGCUGCUGCACUUCAUCGACGCCCUGCCCAAGGACACCAACAAUCUGCCCUUCCUCGAGGCGCAUCCGCCCUACUUCCACUGGCUGCGCGACCAGCUGGCGCUGCUCGAGAGCCCUCACCUCGACGAGAUCAGCCUGCACUCACCGGAGGCCGACGAUCCCUCAUACUCGGAGUACCAUUCGCUGUUCAUGCAGAAGGUGGUCGGUGACAUCGAGAUGGAGGAGCAGCCGCGGGCGCCCGGCUCGUCGGCAGCAGCAUCGGCAAAUGGUGGCGGGGGAGGCGAGCAGCGGGAUGUAGAGAUGGCCGACGGGAGCGGCCAAGAGGGGCAGAGGGAGGGGGCGGACGGUGAUGGCGGGGUGAAGAGGGUGUUUCGGCAGAUAGAUCGGCACAUGCGGCGCUACGAGAGUCUGCUCGAGGGCCUGCAGAAGCAGAAGAAGGCCAUGGAGGCCUUCCUGGCGGCGAUGCGGCCGUUUGUCAAUCGGGACAGCAGCGGUGAGGAUCUCGAGGUGAUGACGCUGAGCGUGUCUGAUGAGGAAGUGUCGGUCCUCCGCCGCACCAUUGUCCUCCUCGGCCAAGACCAUGUGCUUGUGACGCGGUUCGACCGCGCGUCAGUCCUGCAGCUCAUCGUCGACUUUGCCCGCCGCCUGACUGUCGUCAUGCCGCCCGGCCAGUUCGUGCAUCCGCCGGUGGUGGCGCCGCACGAGAAGGCCAUCUUUGCCGUCGAGUUGGACAUGUACGGCCUCGACACGGUGCCGCCUGUCGGUGAGGCGGCGGGGGCGUCCGCUGUGAUCAAGACGGCCGACGAGUGGCUGGCGGUGAUGGAGAUGACAGACAAGAAGAUCGCAACGGCGCCAUCGCUGCUGUACAAGUGAGACCAAAUGCUGACACAAGACAGGCAGAGCAGACCACAAGAGGCAUGCAUCUGUCGUCUGUGGUGUGUCAUCUCUGUUAGGGGCAGUCGCGACACGUAUGCGUUCCCCAAGAUGCUCGAGUGCGUGGCCGGCAAGAGCGGCCUGCUCUUCGCCCUCAAAGAGGGCCACACACACCGAUUCGGCACCUUCAUCGACGGCCCCAUUACACCGCCUGCUGAGCCCACAGAGAACAACGGCUACUAUGUGCCCGUCUUCUUCUUUUCGCUGUCCGGCGCGUACGAUACGCCGACGAAGAUCGAGAUACCCGAGGAGAAGCAGAAGGUGACGGUGGCCGGCACACAGGGGGUGGUGAAGAACGACAGGGACGAGCCGCGUGCCAACGUGGCCAUCGCUCGCGGGUGCCUAUGGCUGGGAUGCGCCAAGCCAGGUCCGGCGGCCGACAUCAGCAGCUGCGUGCAGUGGAUCGAGGGAGACUGCCUGCCCGCGGGGUAUGAGGGCGACAUGGAUGAUGAUGGCGAUGGUUUCCUCGGUCAGUCGCUGGACUUGACAGCGAGCGAGAUCGAAAUAUGGCACAUUCAACAGGUGGCGCGGGGCGGGGAGGGGCGGGGAGGGAAUACGACACACUCAUGGCUUUGCUGCACGGCGCGUUUGCUCACCCGUGUGUGUGUGUCUGUGUGUGUGAGUAGGUGCAAGGCGGCUGGGCGGGCGGGCUGAUGGCAGCCCGUCACGUAGAAGACGGCAGCUGGAGCAGAUAAGAUAGAUCAUGUGAUGUGUGCGGAGCGGAGGAGGGAGGCGAGGCGGCUGCCGGCUUGGUGGGUAUCGAUAGACAUCCAUGCGAUGCGUGUAUCGGUCGGUGUGCACAAGUAUGAUUGAUAAUUCAAAGCCAUGAUGCACGAACGAAAAGAUGGAUGUGCACACUGCUUGACUGACUGAUUGUCUAUCUCAAGCCUUCAUGUGACGUGACGACACACAACCGGCCUGUGCACCGCACCUCAGCACAUCUGACUCACAGCACCUAGCAGCCUGUUGGUGACUUAAGACUGGUUGAUGGUGUGGGUGUGGGCGGUGUGUGUGGG